GCACAUCCAAAAAACAUCCUGCGCCGCCAUCCUCCCCCAAAAUUCUUCCAUGUCCCCGAUUGCCACCACUCCCCUAAACCCCUCCAAGGAGGACCUGAAACGGCCACGCGCAGAACCAGGGAUGAAGCCCGGCUCUCGCAAGCGCGCCUCGCCGCAGCCGGAUCCCGUCCCCGUCACGCUGGCGCUGCCGGGUUUCGUGGCGGACCGGUCGGAGGCGGCGGCCCGCGUCGAGCGCCUUCUCCAGUACCAGUUCCACGACCGCUCCCUGCUCGAGGAGGCGCUCACGCACCAGUCGUUCGCCGACGCCGCCGCCUCCUACCAGCGCCUCGAGUUCGUCGGGGACGCCGUGCUCGGCCUCGCCUUCUCCAACUUCCUCUACCUCACCAACCCUACCCUCGGCCCCGGCGCUCUCUCCUCGCUCCGGGCUGCCAAUAUCUCCACCGAGAAGCUAGCGCGCGUCGCCGUGCGCCACGAUUUCUACCCGCUGCUCCGCCGCAACUGUCCUCGCCUCGAUCUCAUGGUAGGACAGUUUACCGAAUCAGUGAAACAAGAGUUAGAGGACGACCUUGGCACUGCACCCUAUGGUGGCAGCGUUGUUAAGGCCCCCAAGGUUCUUGCUGACAUAGUCGAGGCCAUUGCUGCUGCUGUCUAUGUGGAUUGCACAUUUAAUCUUGUCAAGCUCUGGCAGGUAACAAGGUUCCUCUUUGAGCCAAUUAUCACGGCAGAAACAAUAGAUGAGCAGCCUGUGUCUACGUUGCAUGAACUGUGCCAGAAGCAUGGGAAGGUUGCACAGUUCAAGACAUGGCAGAAGGGUGGAACAACAGUUGCAAAUGUAUUUGUUGAUGGGACCCUUGUUGGGAUGGGCUCCUCUGAGCAGAGGGUAAUUGCUAAGCUCAAUGCAGCACGAGAUGCAGUAGGCAAGCUUCUUGGUGAAGCCAAGCAGCAAGUGUUGACAACUGGGGUUGGUCAUGUAUCGGGGGUUGAGGUUGGAGAGCUCAGGGAAUGCAAGCAAAAGCUUCAUGAGCAGUGCAUCAUGAAGCGUUGGUCAAAACCUAUAUAUAAGUUAGAGAAGGAAGAUGGCCCUGCACAUGAUAGGAAGUUCCUCUACUCAGUUCAGGUACAGGCCCAAGGCCAUACUUACGUAACAUUAGGUGAGCCGUUCUCAAGGGUAAAGGAUGCAGAAAAUUCUGGCGCGCAGGAGAUGCUGAAACUUCUGUCGAAACAGGUGGCGAUUUCAGGAGAGUAGCCAUGGAAACAAUCUUCAUGUUAUAGUUUAUUAGGUUUUAGGACUUUGUUCAGAACUAUAUUCUUAAUUCCGUAUCCUAAAUAUUUGCUAUAAAUUUA